AUGACGGCGGCUUUGACGGCCAGCCAUUCGGUUGUCGGACUGAUUGACCUGCGGGGAGCGCUGAGGACGGGCUUUGCGACCUCUCGAGGUGAGCAAACAAAGCAUCGUGGCCCAUUGUCGUCGUUCAAACUUCAGCCUCGUACGGGUGAAGGUGCCGCAGUGCCCACGGAUGACAAUGUCCGGGGUUGCGAACCGUUACCUUCGCCCUCCCCCCAUCACCGUUGCACAGACGGUGUGCAUGGUCUGUUGGUUGCCCACCCCCCCCUUUCUCUGGCAGUGGGCUCGGAAAAUGCGGGCACGGGAACAUCGGGGCCCAGCCCACCCCAUGUCCACCCGCCCAGGGAUCCAGAAUCUCGCUCAAUCAGCCUUCGAUCAUGCUGGUCCGCGGGCGUUCAAGGGUUACGGAGAACCCGGUGCGGACUCAGCGGCAAGGAUGUAAGAGGAGUGUCAACACCGUCAUCCGCAGCUCUGCAUGGUACUACCAAUCGACGCCAAUUAUAG